AUGGUCAACCGAGCGCCGAAACGGAGACGCGCGAUGGCUGAACCGGAGACGAUCAAUCCUGCGGCGCAAAUGGUCCGUGAUUUUCGGGCGAAGAAUGCUGGAGGAAAGUCGGAAGACGAAUACCAGGAGCUCAUAAAAAGGAUCAUACAACACCUUCUCAAACGACUGAUGGAUCAUGGUGCCCGGACCGCGUUUACAGGGAUGCGAAGCAGGGACGAUAAUGUUGGCCGUUCGCGAAACGAAACUUCGUACCAUCUGCGCCAGAACUUAUUACCCCGGUUGAAGGAGCGGAUGUGGUCGUUAACGCUCGCGAUGGACCCCAGGAUGGCCACUCAGGGCGAUUUUCGAGCGUGGUAUGAUCAAAUUCUGGAGCAUUUGGUAGAGAUUGAUAACAUUUUAGAGCAAAUCGAUCUGGUGAUAGGCGCCAUUUAUGCCGGCGAACAUGAAUUUCUCAGCCUCAGAGGGCCAGCAGAGGAUAACCCACGUAUACAAGAGUUGACCCCGUUCAGUACCAACAAGAUCAAACACAUGGUUAAACACCUCCUCAACGCCGAACUCAGAUUGUUCUUACACGCAUCCAAAUCGUUUUUCAUUGAGUUCAGAUUUGCAACUUCGUCGAAGGGCCAAGACCGCUCGAUGAUCGAGAAAUGGCGCGAAGUUUAUCAAGCCGCUGCGGGGAUACUCGGCGAGAUUGACGGGAUCGUAGAAUGGCUUGGGAAGCCUUUGAUCGAAAUGGCCAAGGAAGAAUGGGAAGAGUUGAUCGUAGCGAUCGACGAUUUGUUAGACUACCUGCUUCGGGUCCUCGAGCGGGAUCUGAUCGGCAGCUUGAGUCCCACGGGGGAGAAGUUCUGUCAACUCACGAUCCCGGUCGUCAAGCUAUGUCGGAUAUACUUCAACAAGUUCUCGCGACUCAGGAGUAGUACGCCACUGAUUUUCAUCGGCGGAUCGAUGCAGAUCGAGGUGGCUCAGUUGAGGGAGUUGCUCAGCGAUACCAAGGAUACUGGCGAUUUCAUAGACGACUUUGUCCAUACGAUGACAGGAUGGCCAUCCAGUGAACGCCAGAUAAAAAACGUGUUUCUGAAUCUGGUGGGCGGCUUUGUCGAGUCCUCGGGGGUCUUGAUCAAGUACUGGGAAUCACUUUUGUCAAGCCCUGAUCAUCGUACACCAGAUGAGCAGCAGAAGAUCCAGGACGCUCAGAGAUGGGACGAAGAGUGGACCGAUGCAUUCUAUAAAGCCGCUGGAGCUGUGCAGGAAGAGGCAGAAGGCCUCGAACACCUCGAUGACGAUUACGAGUCCCAUCUGUUGAUAUGGGCAUAA